AUGGCCUCGUUCGUGACCGCUGCCGACAUCUGCUGGGGCACCAGCAAGAAGACCAACCGCCGAUGCGCCAACAAGGCCAAGGUCGCCCAGCCUGGCUAUCUGCCUACAUGUCACCAGCACCGUGACCAGCUGCUCCGCCCGGGCACCUGCCAGUACCUUGUCGAUGUCAGAACCGGAGCACGCUGCAAACGCCGUUUCAUCUACGACCCGCCGCCUCCGUACUUCGAGCUGUGCCCUGAACAUGUGAAUACGCCGCAGGGCCCAUGCUACUUCCUCAAGCUUCCCGUCGAGCUACGCAUGGAGAUAUACAAGUAUUUCCUGCAGCCCGGCGCCGUCGUCAGCAACCGCCCCAAUGCGAUCCCGCCCGAGAAGCUUCGAGACUACCUUCCGCUGCUCUUCGUCAACAAACAGAUCGCCUCCGAGGCCCGGGACCAUCUGUAUGCCUGCACAACCUUCCAUAUCGAGGUGGGCCAACUGGGAGCCACCAUCCGCAAUCGAUACCUGUAUCGUCCCCGCGGCGCUGAAGAAAGCUCCCACAACGACCCGGACCGGGACAUCACCAAAGCACUGGACAUCCGCCAGCAGCUCGACUUCUCCCGUGUCAAGAACUUCAAUCUCGAAGUCAUUGUCGUCAACUCCAGCGGCUUGGACGGCUGGUCUGAAGAGGUGGAGAUGUACGACUUGCGUGACAGCAUCUCCGCAAUCCUUCCGUACCUCGCACGUGCGCAGAACCUGCACAAGCUCACCGUCCGCGUUGUGUGCGCGCGCUUCGACCGCUGGUCGCCGGCCAAGGCACUUGCCAACUUCAAGCUCAUCACCCAGCCCCUGAUGUCUCUCCGAAACAUCACUAGGCCCUCCCUUGAGCCGCCUUAUAAAGGCGAGCCCUUCUACACCUGCUGGGGCACCAGCCCUGCCAAAUUCGCCACUAGGAGCAUCAGCAACAGCAGCACCACCACCACCACCACCACUUCGUACUCAGCCCCUUGCGACCUUUCCCCAGCCGCCAUGGCCGCCCCGCUUCCACCCUCGUGGACCUGCGAUCUCACCAGCACCCUCAUCCCGGCCCAACAACACCCCAUCCACACCGACUUCCUCGCCUACAAAAGCGCCUUCGAGACCCUCACCACGAGCUCGGAACCCAUCCCGCCCAAGCCGCCCGUCGCGCGCAUGUUCUCGGCCUUCAAGCGCGUCUACCUCGAAUGCGCCUCGCUCCUCCUCUCCAACACCAGCAUCACCACCAACCCGGCCGAAACGCUGCCGUGCGGAGCGGCGAACUACCUGCACCGCGCCCGCGUGGCGCGCGAGAACGCCGACCUCGACGCCUUCGUCGCCGCGCGCAACGGGUUCGUCAGGAGGUGGAACGCGCACAUGGAGCAGCGGUACCGCGAGCUGGCCCGGGUCAACGGGCUGGUCAUGGACAUGUUCGAUGCCGAUGCCGUCGAGGUGGGUGCGUGGGAUCCGCGGUUCGCGUUUUUGGGGGCAGCAGGAGGAUUAGGGGGCAUGUCUGGUCAACCGCCGCUGUCGCUGCCGCUGCCGCCGCCGCAACUGCUGCAGCAACGCCAGCGUCAGUUGGUGAGUCCGCCGGCGGAGAACGUCACAAUAGGUCUUUGCAGUCCGUCGCUGGACAUGGCCGGCUGUGGAGAUUCAGGAGGUCAGGUGGCUGCUGCUGAACCACACGGGGGCCCGUGGGUGGAGGGCUGGGAUUGGAGUGGCUACCCUGGUGGUGGUGGUGGCGCCGAUGGCGAUAGGACUGCCCUGGACUGCGAUACCGACAUGGCGUUGGCACUGAAAGAGGAAGAAGGGACAGGGUACGACGAAGGCUCCAUGUUCGGUUGCGGGUCCCGCUGA